CGAACCCACAACCUUAUGGUUGCGAGUCUGAGGGCCAAACCACUAUGGGGAGGGGGGAGAUUUUUGAACAGCUGAAUAGCUCCACUAUAGUAAUAGCUCAUGGGUCCCGUAAUAGCCCGCCACCAAGGGCCUGAGAAUUCUAGUUUCAUAACCCCCUUGCCCACUGAACUGAUCAGCACACCAGCCUUAUACUUAUACUAGCUGAUUUAGAUUGGGCACAUACUAACUUAACUAACUGAAAGGAACAUUAUUCCUGUCUCCAGUAUUAAAAGCAUUGACAUAGGCCUGCAGAUAUGGGGAAGACUCCAGGCACACACAGUGCCUUUUUCCUGCCGCCCACCAGCAAGUCUCUUUGGCAUCAUUUCGGGAUUCCCCAAUCCACUGGUGUCAGUGAUCUACCCAUGCCUGUUAUAAUCUAUGGUUAUUUCUGUCUGCUUAGUUCAAAGGUCAGAGGUGAAGACGAGUUUUCCGAACUUUAGGUCUGGUAUUACAUAUAUCGAACAUUUAAGCCUAGAAGAUGACAUUCAACUCAAUUUUUCCAAAGUUUAGCCUCCCACUAUCUUUGGUUUAGCUCGGUGCUUCAAAACGAAGUAUUUGAGAGCAGAAGAGGCACGGACGGUAAGCAGUCAUCGUUCAAAUUCAGGGAUUGCAUCCUCGCGACGUACCUAGCAGUAGGCCAAUGCCCUGGUGCCCCAGCAGAAUUUCGUAUUGUGCUGCUUUACAUUACAACGAUAACCUGCACGAACUGCAACUUGACUUGCUGAUUGCUUUGUGUUUUUAAACUGGACAAUGGCAGCUGAGAAGAUUAUACUGUAUGGGUUCUACAAAAGUUCGUCCUCAUGGAGACUUCGUAUAGCGCUGGCACUGAAAGGUCUGGAACAUAAGAAAGUAUCUCUCAGCUUGGUAAAGGGAGAGCAUCUGACUGAUGAGUUCAAAGCGUUGAAUCCAAUGCGUCAGUUGCCGACACUGUUCAUCGAUGGGAUGCACCUCUCUCAGUCUAUACCAAUUAUGGAGUACUUGGAGGAAAGAAAUCCGUCUCCUCCUCUUCUGCCAAGAGACAAAGUGGCCAGAGCUAAGGUGAGGGCCCUGUCGGAAGUGGUCAACAGCGGCAUUCAGCCAUAUCAAACAGUGGGUGUUAUCAAGAAAGUUCAGGAGACGCACAAAGACUGGGGACACUUUUAUGUCUCUAGAGGUCUUGAAGCGCUGAAUAGCUUGAUGCAGGAGACCGCAGGGAGGUACAGCUAUGGGGACCAGGUGACUAUGGCGGACGCUUGCCUUGUUCCUCAAGUGUUCAGUGCUCUCACAAGGUUUUCUGUUGACGUGACCCAGUAUCCUGUUGUGAGCAGAGUGUAUGAAGAACUGAAUAAACUACCCGAGUUCAAAGUUGCUGAUGCCCGCAGACAGCCAGACACUCCAGAUGCUGAAAGAAUUGAUUAGAAAUUAGCUUGCAUUUAACACUUUAUGGUGCCUUCAUGCCCCCUUUGGGAAAUGAAUUUUUUUAGGAACACUUGUUUUGUUUUUUCUCUUAGUAAAUGGCAUUUUUAUAUUUUGGUUUUUUUUGCUAUAGCCUACUGCAAACGUUUAAGUAGAAGAUCAUACUGAAGCUGUCAGUAAAGAGAUAGGUCUGGAAGCUUCUUUUGUACAGGAUCAUGAUAUAAUUGCCUGACAACCAAUCGUUCAAAGUGCUGAGAACUGGGAGAUCGAGGGCUAUGUGGAGGAAGGUUGGCUUUGCGAGUCCUUACCUCCUCUAGUUCAGCUUUUCAAUGUAUUCUAUUGAGUACAUUCAAACUACAUUUAUUCCUGAUUAUUUUUAUCGUGUAUAAUAGCUUCCUAAAUGAUCUGAAUUGUGUGGAUGAGGCGUAAAACAUCUUCAAUUACAUUUUUUCUCUCCCAAGUUGUAAGCAUAUCCUUGUUUUGUGGCAGAAAGUUUUGUUGAAAAUAAGCAUACAGUUACAUUUUCAUGGUAAUGAAGAUAAUUUUCAAGCUACAAACAUGUAUUACCGUACGCACCUAGAUGUUCAGAAAAAAUAAGACAAAUUGAUGAAGGUAUGUUUCUCUCCAGUAACACCUCGAUCUACCUCAUAUCUUUUAUGCUUAAAAUAUAUGAUGACCUAUUUGUAUUGAAAGUACCACAAAACUAUGACUAAAACUAAACUACUGGGCUCUCAACCCUGCAAAUUACACAAGUACACGCAGUAAACUGCUUUCAAGUACGAUAUUUUUAGAGCACACAUUUUAUAUCUGCUUCCUUUUCUGACUUCCAAUACAAUACUGGACUGAAUAAAUAAAAAAUUAUUCUGAAUUUCCCUAAGCGACUACUAAGAAGACUAGCUGCCGUAGUUGCGCAAUUUCACCGCUGGUUAGUGACUUCCAAUGUCUAAGAGUUUGGUGCGACCCAUGUUGCUACCUCACAAUUUGUUCACGGUCUUGAUCUUUGUCCUCCUCAUGUUGUCGUGGUGAUCCAUAGUGCCAUAAUUUUACAUUUAUUAGUUUUGAAAUCCUGAUAUUUUCGCAAGUCUAUUUUUGCCUUAUUUUAAAAGAUGUACUAUAAAAAGGAUCGUUUUCUGAUAAGCAUCUAGUUCUGAUUUAUAAUAAACGUAUGAGUCAUGUUAAUUCAGCCCUUAGCCUAGAGGAGUUUCUGGGUCAGUCAAAUUUCCCUAACAGCUGACUUCAGGAUGGUACAAAACUGCUGUUAUGGUUAGGCUAACAUGAGUCUUGUAAGCCCUUAUGAUUUUUUUUUACUUCUACUCAUGUUGUUAGCACAGUCCAGGCCUACACAUUGCAAGAAAACGCUACAUAUAUAUAUAUAUAUAAUGUAAAUUGAUUCACACUCGACUGUUUAAGUUUUCAUUUUAAUCUAAAGAAUUAUUUUCUGUGUAUGUUCAUGUUGACUACAUUUUUUUUUUUUUUAUUGAUUAAUGUCAAUUUGAAAUUUGUUCUUGUUCCUACUUAUUGUCUUGAGGGAGAUGUAUAUCUAUAUCUAUGGUGAGAAUCUCUAAUGAAAGCUCCAUGAUGGGUGAAAGAAAUGUUUGUGUUUACUUCUUUUUGCCUUACUGGCUGCACACUGAAAGAACUGUAUUAGAACUCAAGACCUUGCUUACCUCAGAUAACA